UCCUCUGCACCUCCUUUACCCUCUCUCCAGGUACCAAAGUCUAUGCGGCGAUGGGCAAUCAUGACUUCCACCCCAAGAAUCAGUUUCCUGGGAAGGAGCACAGGAUCUACAACCAAACAGCGGAACUGUGGCGGCCCUGGUUGAGUGAUGCCUCCCUCCCUCUCUUCAGAGCAGGAGCUUUCUACAGUGAGAAGCUGCCCAGCCCAGGGACGAGAGGGAGGAUGGUUGUCCUCAAUACCAACCUGUACUAUGACCAGAAUGACGAGACAGCUGCUGAGGAGGAUCCUGGGGGGCAGUUCCAGUGGCUGGAAGAAACACUGACCAACGCCUCCAGAGCAGAUGAAAUGGUCUACCUUGUGGGGCACGUCCCUCCCGGCUUCUUUGAGAAGAAACGAGGCAAGGCCUGGUUCCGGAGGGGCUUUAACGAACGGUACCUGGGCAUUGUGCAGAGGCACCACAGGGUGAUCGCUGCCCAGUUCUUCGGGCACCAUCACACCGACAGCUUCCGCAUGUUUUACAGCGACACAGGUUCUCCAAUCAAUGUCAUGUUCCUGGCCCCUGGAGUGACUCCCUGGAAAACAACAUUACCUGGAGUGAAUAAUGGAGCCAACAACCCUGGGAUUCGGGUGAUCGACUACGAUCCGGACACCCUUCAGGUGUUGGAUAUGGUGACUUACUACUUGAACCUCACUCGUGCCAACACGAUGGCCUCGCCAGGGGAGGCAGAGUUCCCAGCGUGGGAGGCAGAGUACAGCCUGACAGGAGCCUUCCAGGUCCCUGAUGGCUCCGCACGCUCCAUGCAGACGGUGCUGGAGAGGAUCUCAGGGGACCCUCGCUACCUGCAGAGCUACUACGAGUUCAACUCUGCCAGAUAUGACCUGGCACCGUGCAAGCAGGAAUGUCGUGUGGAUCACCUGUGUGCCAUCAGGGAAGUUGAUUUUAUGAAGUAUGAUGAGUGUGUGAAAACCAGCAGUGCUGCCUCCGCUGCCAGUGGCGUUUGGCUUUUGGUUUUCUGUGUGUUCUUAGGACUUCUCAGUCCCCAGUGAGUGCCGUGAUGGCCGAGAGCAAGAGAAAAGGAGGAGAGCACGAGAUCCCACUGCACGUGAAUCAGUGAUUUUGGCAUUAGAAACCAGGACAAAAUCACUAGUGUUUACUAAAAGCUCUGCGAUACUGACUUGCACUUUUCUAGACAAUCUUGAUGUGUGAGGGGGGUACAAUAAUCAUGAGAACCUUGUUGUGCUGGACUGCCUGCAUUGAGGAAUCUGUCUCCCCUCUGCUGGGACUGCUGGGAUAGCCUCACAAAUCAGAUGAAGACCAGGCCUUCCUGUGGACAUGACCUGCCCACAGGUGAGAGAUGUAUUCUUGGAGGCUGCUGCCAACAUUCCUCAGGUUGGCACACAGUUCUUUUCUGAAAGGACGGUACAGCUGGUGACCCAGAAAGUCUUGUUAUGGUGGCAGAAGCCUCUGGCUUGUGAGCAAAGCCAUGUGGGGUGGCAAUGUCUGGACUUCAGCAGACUUUGGUGUCUCAGUGCUGAAGAGGAAGCACUGAUGAUUGUCUUUGCACCCUCCAAUUGCUGAGCAUAAACAGCUCUAUUCUCUCUUCUGU